ACCUUGGCCGGAGGCCACACAGACGUGGGGAAAUGUUUUGCCAACGUACUCGCAAUAGUUCACAUGGUUUCCUUUGCUCCCAGCGGUUGCGCGGGCUGGGUUUUUGGAGCAAAGGCAACGGAUACUGCUGAGGCUCCUGAGAAUGUCCCGUUUUCGAGGCUGCAGUAGCUCCAGUGUCCGGUUCUGUAGUGCCGAGAGGGAGGCCUCGGGCUCCGGGCGGGGGAAUGUGUUGCAGUUAGUCCAAGAGCCCCAAGCCCAGCAAAGCCGCCCGUUCCCCGCUGGGGCGCAACUCUCACUGGAACUCUUGUUCUCUGGACUGGGGAAUGAAAUGAGCUCAGCCAAGGCUCCCGAAACCAGCCCUGCCGCUCCCACUUGUGGUCGCAUUCUCAAGAGCGGCUGUCUGCGCCGCGGGGCAUCACUUUCGCUUCUGCCUCCUCCUGCGCCUAUUGCGGCAACUACUCACGCUCCUACCGGACGAGGAGAGGGAGGUGAAUCCGUGGCAGAGAAAAAUAGUAGUCUAGCCAUUCAAGUGAAAGGUCCAAGAAAGGAAGAAAGAAAAAUUUAUCGAAAAGAAAACACAAUAAGUAUUCUGAAGAUAGCGACAGUGACUCUGAUUCUGAAACAGACUCCAGUGAUGAAGACACAAAAAUGAGAGCAAAGACAGCUAAGAAAAAGGAAAAGAAAUGCAGAUGGCCAGAUUUUUUCCUUUAAUUUUUAUCAUGGAAAAGGUCAAAUGUGUAUAAACAUACAUAGAAUGGUAUAAUGAUCCUUCAGGCACAUAGCACCCAGCUUGAACAAUUAACAACUUGUGGGAAAUUGCCACUGCCCCCUAAUUAAUUUGAAACCAAUCCCAGGUAUAAUGUCAUUUAUAAACAAUUCAGCAUGUUUCUCUAAAAGACAGUGUAUUAGUCUGUUUUCACAUGCCAUAAAGACAUACUUGAGACUGAAUAAUUUAUAAAGAAAAGAGGUAUAAUUGAUUCAUAGUUCUGUAUGGCUUGGGAGGCCUCAGGAAAUUUACAAUCAUGGCAGAAGCCAAAGGGGAAGCAAGGCACACUGACAUGGGAGCAGAAGAGAGAGUGAGAAGGGGGAAGCACCGGACACUUAACAGACAACCAGAUCUCAUGAAAACUCACUCAGUAUCAUGACAACAGCAUGGGGGAAACCCAUCCAUCCAAUUACCUCCCACCAGACCCCUCCCUUCACAUGUGGGGAUUAUAAUACAAGAUGAAAUUUGGGUGGGGACAAAGCCAAACCAUAUCAGAUGCACAUUCUUUUUCUAAAAACAUAACUACAAUACCAUUAUCAUGCCUAAAAAAAUUAACAAUAACUCCUCAACUCUCAUCACACUCCAUUUUUAAAUUUUUGUUGUUUUCUAGCCUGGCAGUUUCACAUGAGGAAGACAGCAUGAAGAAAGCCAAGGUCUGACUGCUUCUUUUUGAUGAUCAAUUAAUCUAGAAUAUUAAUCAGGGAACUACCUCCUCCCUCUUGCUUCUAGCAGCACUAAACAAAAGGUUCCCUUUUUGUGUUUUUAUCAUCAGGAACCAGGGUCCAUUCAAGGAGGUUGAAUGAGACAAAAUGCAUUUGAAUGCAUGAUUGUCAGCUUCUGAGCUGGGGAAUAUGCAACAAUAUGCCUUCUGGGCUGGGGAUGGGAGAGCAAAGGGAGAACGGCCUCAUUCUGGCUUUGGUAGAGUCUCCUCUUGUGUUUCAUUUGAUGCAGAGGACCUUUGGGCCAGAAUGAUUCCUAUUUCCCUAAGUCCUCCACAGAAAGGGAGGACAGUGAACAGAAUUUGGAAUAUACUAGACAGAUGUUUGGCUGCCACCUUCCCAUAAAGCCCUAUGAGUAGCUUCUUCGGAAGAUUCCUUUAGACUACAGGGUUGUGUCUAAGCUCUUCAGCAUAAAUGGAGAUGGGCCCUGUCUUGAAACACACUGUUCUUUUACUAGGGACUUUCCCCAUCCCCAUUUUGCCUAUGUAUGUGAGAUGUACAGGGCCUAUUGGUGAUUGAGGAAUGUCAGCUCAUAAAAUGAGGCUUCCUUGUAAUUCUGUUUAAAUGACUUUUCCUUUGAAAUUCUUAUCCAUACCUUAUUUGGCACACAAAACAGAUAUACAGUUGACCCUUGAACAACACACGUUAGAGCUGCAUAUGUCCACUUAUAUGUGGAUUUUUUUCAAUAAAUAGAAUUGGCCCCCCAUAUCCACAGGUUUCACACCUGCAACCAAAUGCAGAUCAAAAAUACAGUAUUCGUGGGAUGCAAAAACUGCAGAUAGGUAAGGCCAAAUUUUUGUAUACUUGGAUUCUGCAGGGCCAAGUGUGGGGCUUGAGUAUGCAGGAUUUUGGUAUCUGUAGGGGUCCUGGGAACCAGUGUUUACAAGGAAUUCACAACUUUUUUUAAAUAAAAAAUGUGCCUUAUAAAAAA